AUGGUCAACCUGUUCAAGCGGCUUCGCAAGCUGCAAACUAUACUCAACACCAAGGUUGGAACCGGUGCUGCCAUCCUCCCAAGCCUCGCCUCCGCAACAAAAGAAUUCCCAGCUGUCACCCGACUCCACCUCACAUAUGCACGCAAGAUCAACCAAGGCCACGGAGGCGCACGGCAUUUCUGGCGCAAGUGUCUGCCCCGACUAAAAUACCACAACCCGGGCAUUCCCAUGACAGUGACACAAACAAGCGACCAAGAAGGACCCUCAGCAUUGACAAUUUACUUCGCUGAACAGGCGGGCAAUGCCGCAAAAGCCCUCGCAGCCGAGCGGAAGGUCGUCGACAAGCUUGCGCCGGCCCCGGUGGAAAAUGAACAGUCAGUCGUUCUCGACAUCAAGAACCGCACCUACAACCAGAUCUGGGACCGUGUGCAGGCGAUGACAGGUGCAAAGACUGUCUCACCUACUGGCGAGGAUAACCAGAUUAUGGCCAAGUUGGCAGAGAUCAAAAAGAAAUCUGGCCCUGAUCGUCAGCGCGUGCAGGCUAUCCGUCAGGCCAAGAAGGACCAGGAGCGCAUGCUUGCUGAGGCUAGAGGCCAGGUGGACAAGCAGGUUGUGUAA